UGCCGGCUCGCUCGCACAUGUCUGCGCUGGCAGCUCGUUUAGAGCAAUUUGCUGGUUGAUGUGCGGUGAUUGCCGCAAACUCAACGCGACCGUCAACGAGCAAACAACAUAAGCGCGCGCGGCCCAAGGACACGGCACAUAUAUCGUAACACACUCACACACACAUAGAUAUAUAUAUAUAUAUAUAUAUAUAUCCUGGGACAUUACGACUCCGCACUCGUUCCAUCGCAAUGGCAAUGCUUAAUGAGGCCAGCUUGAGUCCUGCGGACGCCCAUGCUCAUGCGAAUGCCACCACGCCCACGCACAGCAAGGCGGCGAUGGCCAGUGCCACCACAAUGCUGACCACAAAAACACCGUUCUCCAUCGAACAUAUAUUGUUUCAAAAUUUAAACAGUGCCAGCAGCAAUAAUGCCAACAAUAUAACCGCUAAUAGCAAUAAUUAUGUGCAAAAAAAUGGCAGCAGCAAAAAUGCGGUGAAAAGUGCCAGGAGCAGUUUUGCCCACGACAAUAAUCCACACAAGCAGCCGUCGCAAAGUUCGCAUUCGUCGGAACAUUCGCAUCCGCCGGCAUCCGCAUCCGCAUCCGCGACGGCAACCAUUCGCGGUAGUCAAACAGCGACGGGAUAUGCCAGCGAGGACUACGCCAAGUCCUUGCACAACUCCCAACGGUCGAACCACCACUCUCGUCCUGGAGGUUCCCAUUAUAGCUCAGAUCAAACGUCUCAGCAAUUAGGAUCCGCGGCAGGACAACAUCCACCAGCUCCUGCUCCUCAGCCACCGCCUCCGCCGCCAUUAAAUGGAGGAACUGGUGGAUCCAAUGGAGUGCUAUACCCAAAUGCCCCUUACACCGAUCACGGAUUUCUUCAAAUGACCCUCGGCUAUUUAUCACCAUCGUCAGGAACUUAUAAGUCAGUGGAUCCCUAUUUCUUAUCACAAGGUGGCCAGCCUUUUCGGGGGGCACCCUUUUUCGGGGCGCCUGGAUGCGUUCCGGAAUUGGCCCUCGGAUUGGGAAUGGGCGUGAAUGCCCUGCGUCACUGCCGCCGGAGGAAGGCCCGUACGGUGUUCAGUGAUCCACAACUGUCCGGCCUGGAAAAGCGAUUCGAGGGGCAGCGAUACCUUUCGACGCCGGAGCGAGUUGAAUUGGCCACCGCAUUGGGACUCAGCGAAACGCAGGUGAAGACCUGGUUCCAAAACCGACGCAUGAAGCACAAAAAACAGCUGCGCCGACGUGAUAAUACCAAUGAGCCCGUUGACUUCUCACGCAGCGAGCUGGGCAAGCAGCCGGGUGAGGCCACCUCGUCCUCCGGGGACUCCAAGCACGGCAAACUGAAUCCCGGAUCCGUGAGCACGCCCACUCAGCCCACAAGUGAGCAGCAGCAGCUGCAGAUGUGCCUCAUGCAACAGGGAUACUCCACGGACGACUACUCCGAUCUGGAGGCGGAUAGUGCGGAUGAGGAUAAUUCCAGCGACGUGGACAUCGUCGGCGAUGCGAAACUCUAUCAGUUAACAUAGAUAGUUUGAAAUCCGAAUCUGGAUCAAAAUUAAUUGUAGUUUUCGGUAUUUUAGUUGAGGAAAUACAACCUAUGAAUAAUUCUUUAAAACCAAGUGGCAAUUUUAAUACUCUAAACUCAUUUCUUAAGUUUUUAUUAUGUUUAUGUUUAAAUAUCUAAAUUAUUUUUAACCACAAACCAGCAAUGAUAUUUAUUUUGGUUUUUAGAUAAGAAAAAAGCCGUUUGUUGGAAAAUUACACAUUUUACUUGUUAUCAAUUGCUUUACCACAAUUUUGUGCUUACCUACAUAAUAUAUUAUUUAUCAGCGCCAAUAUGGUUUAUUUAAUCAUAUCUAAAUGCUUACCAUUUCCAAUUGAAUGAUAGUUCGUUUAACAUUAUCUACUUUUACCCCUUAAUUGCAGAAGCCUUUUAAAAAGCAAAUACAAAAUGUACACAAAAUUGUAGUUGUAUUUCCCUCAAUUUUAAAAUAUUAAAAAAAUGACGGUGUAAAUACAAACAAGUUCUUGAACGAGCUUCAUUCUAGUCAUGUAUUGAAUCUUAAAUCUAAUCAAACUUAGUGAUUGUAUUCGAGAACUUC